AUGAAAAUAAUUGGGCCAGUGUAAACAGGUACGACAUGAUCAUCACAUAAUUUGGUCCUAUAUUACCCAACACAUUUCAACAAUAAUUCUUCAUCAUUUUUACAUUCAGUUGAUCAUCAUAGUUAAUCAUGGGUGUCCUAAGUUAUGAGGCAGAGUUCAGUAGCUCAAUCCCUCCGGCCAACUUGUUUAAGGCCAUGGUUCUGGACAUGGUAACUCUUCUUCCUAAGAUCUUCCCUCAGCUUUUCACAAAUUUUGUGACUCUUCAAGGAGAUGGAGGGCCAGGAACCAUUAGACAAGUUAACUUAGCCGAUGGCCGAACUUUAAAGGAGAGGACUGAAGCAGUUGAUAAGGAGAAUUUCCGAUACGUGUACUCUAUAAUCGAAGGUGAUGUGUUAACGAACAAUAUUGAAAAAAUCUGUAACGAAGUUAGUUUGACGGUUGCGCUUGACGGAGGAACCAUCUGCAAACGCAGCAGCCGUUACUUCACUGCCGACGAUGUUGAUGUCAAAGAAGAAGAAAUUAAGGCCCAUAAUGAAAAGACUGAUGGAAUUCUGGGAGCUAUACUCAAGGCCUUUGAACACUACCUCUUAGAAAAUCCUCUAAAUUAGCCUAUUUGUGUGUUACUGCUAUGUCUUUUCUUUUAGUGGAAGAAAUAAUUAGCGGAAGCUGAAGCAAUAUUCCAGAAUAAAUGUUUUUACGAAUAAUGUGAUAAUCAAUUUUAAUGUAUUUAGUUUUUUGUAUGAAAGACGGAAUUGUUAUAAGAAAGAAGUAUGAGCUUUAAAAAAUUGCACUGAAAAAAGGAACUAAAAUGACGAAAUUAGUCUUUUUUUUUUAA